CUCUCUCUCUCUCUCUCUCUCUCUCUCUCUCUCUCUCUCUCUCUCUCUCUCUCUCUCAGCCUUCAGCUUUUCCUCAGUUUAAGUUGCAUCACAGUUAAGAGGUUUACUGCUGAGGAGUGAAGAGCAUGUAGUGGUCCAACGAGUGAAAAGCGAUGCGAAAGAGUUCCAGAUCUGUAGUAUUUUUAAAACACAGAUAGCCAGGAGAUAACCAGGAGAAACCCAAAAGAACAAAACAAGACUUGGAAACUUCAGCUUGUUUGCUUUGCUCUAAACACAAAUGGUCAUUGAGCUCUAGAUCCUGUGAUGUUUUAGAUAUUUAACUAAGACUCUUCCAUCACUUGGUUUGGUAAAGGUGAGCCAACUAUGAAUUAGCCAAUGCUAAAACCAGGAACAAACAUUUCCUAGCUCCAGCUCAACAACAACCAUUGGAAUUCUGGGAAACAGAAUGCCAGCCAAGACACCUAUGUAUUUAAAGACACCCACACCAAAGAAUGGCAAAAAGCUAAAAUUGAGGGAUGUUCUCUCUAGUGAUAUGAUCAGCCCUCCUCUAGGGGACUUGCGCCAUAGUGCCCAUGUUGGACCAGAAGGGGAGGGUGAUAUGUUCGGGGAUGUUGGCUUCCUACAAGGCAAAAUGGACAUGUUACCUGCUUUAGCACAUCCCUCUUCAAACAGCAUAAACAGGCAUGUCGAUGACAUGUUUGCGAUACAAGGCCUACAGCGAAGGUAUAACUCCCAUCAUAAACCAAAUGACAGCUCCAUUCUUAAAAGCACAUUCUCAAUGCCUGCCUUCAUUGCUCCCGAGCAGCCACCUCCUAAACCUCCUCGACUACACUUAGAGGAAAGCUCCAAUCAGCAAAAGAACCACCACAAUCAGCAACAACACUCCAUGUCUGUGUGUGCAGAAGGGGUUGAACACUACAGGGAACCCUACCGUGACUUCAACCUAUCUGCCUCCAUACCCAUCUUGAGACAACUGAUGCCCUCUGCUGGUUCAUUCUCUGAGGCCUCCUCAGAUGACUCUAUGUCCGAGGGUUGUGUUCCACCAGACCCUAAACGUGGCCUGAGCCUAGACUCUGAUGCUGGUCUGAGCAACGAGGACCUGCGAAGUGAACACAGCGAGUCUCCUGCAUUCUCUCCCACAAUGUCACGCUCAGAGUCUCUUGCUGGCCUUGACCUGGAUCUGGGACCAUCCAUUCUGGAUGAUGUUCUUAGGAUAAUGGACCGUUACAAGAGUGUGAAAGAUAGUUGUGAGCUGUGAGCUGACAAAGAAACUUUAAGCAUUGUAAUGUGCAUGACUUGUACUUGUACUUCCCAUGCUGGACACUGGAGUAACUAUUUGUGACAGAAUGACUACAAACUGAUACCUGCAUCUCACUAUGUAAAUGACCAUCUGAAAUGUAGAUGCAGAAUAGAAAAGUGGUUUUGUAUACUGUUCAUAUUGUACAAUUACAAAAUCUACUCAAUGUAAAAGAACUGUGACUAUUUUGCUGCCUUACAUUAUAAUUUAUAGUAUUCAAGGAAGAAAUCCAGUGCAAAAUUUACUAAUUGCACAUUAGUACUGUAAAUGUAUGUGUCCAUUAUAAAAUACUGACUUGUUUGUUACGUUUAAGCAAUAUCUGUGAUUGAAAUAUUGAUGCCCAUAAUUAUAUAUUUCCAUUCUUCCAUUUUCAUUGGCUGUUCUGUCACAAACACAGAUAAUUAUUGAUGUGUAUCAUAAUUUAACAUGGUCAUGUAAAUAAAAGAAUACUGAAACCA